AUGCAGCCAAUGAUCAGAAAGGGAUGUGGGGAUAAAAAUUGGAAAAAUCAAAAUAGUAACAGAUCAAAUAGCCGGCUUAUGGAAACUGUGCAUCAAUCAGGAGGUAGUGAGGGUUCUGGGUUGGGCAUAAAUAAACGGCAAUCUUCUCUUAAUAAUUGGAGGGCCAAAAAACAGCGGUUAGCUCAGUCUGCUUCGUCAAUUUCCAGUACGGAUGCAGCAGUUCGACGGAACUUGAGCUCUGACGCUCAGUCAAGUAUCGUUCAGCCAGGAUUGGUGACUACCAGCAAUGUGGGUUUUGUGGAUGAUCCCGGUAGUUUCUACAAGGGCUACCUCUUCCCCCUCCACCCGUCUCUCCAUGGUCCUCAGGCUCCAACUGUGACUUCACCUCCGGACACCCGAGCUCCGCCGACGACUGUCUCGACCUCAAGCUCCUCACUGGCUACCCCACAUCCAAGCCACUGUCGACGUUUCAAGUACUUCUAUGUCUCCAACCUCUUACACAAAGAGAAGAUUCGCCAAGGUAUGGCACGAGGGAGUGAUCCGCAG